CUCCGAGCACUGCCCCUGCGCGGAUUGGCCCCGGCCGCGACCCGUCGCCGGCCGCCGCGGUGGCUGCUGGGAGGAAGAAAACAUGGCGGCCGGGCCCAGUAAGGCGGAAAUCCAGACCUUGUUCAAGCGGCUGCGGUCGGCGGCGCCCAACAAGUCCUGCUUCGACUGCGGUGCAAAGAACCCAAGCUGGGCCAGUGUUACCUAUGGAGUGUUCCUCUGUAUUGACUGUUCUGGAGUCCAUCGGUCCCUGGGGGUGCAUCUCAGCUUCAUCCGGUCCACAGAGCUUGACUCCAAUUGGAGCUGGUUUCAGCUGAGAUGCAUGCAAGUGGGUAGCAAUGCUAAUGCGAUUGCCUUCUUCCGCCAGCAUGGUUGUACCACCACCGAUGCCAGUGCCAAGUACAAUAGUCGUGCAGCUCAGAUGUACCGGGAGAAAAUUCGGCAACUGGCAAGUGCUGCCAUGGCCAAGUAUGGGAAUGAUCUCCUAAUUGAUGGGCUGAGUGGAACUCCAGGUCACUCCCCAGAAAAGAGUGAUGCUGAUUUCUUCCUAGAACACACACAGGCUUGUAAUACAUGGGAUGUGGCUGAGACAAGUCAGAGCAUGGUGGAGCUCUCACUGGAGCUGGAAAAAGCACCAAAGCCAUCUGAAAACAGUGAGGACCCACAGUCCGAUAAGGGUCCUUCUAUUGAUUUGCUGAGCACUUCUCCCAAAGGGUCUCUUGACGCAUCCAUGUGUCUGUCUCCUCAAGGGGCUCCUUCUGCCAGAGAAAUAAAACCUUCUCUUAUUGGAAAGAAGAAGCCUGGUGCUACAAAGAAAGGGCUAGGAGCCAAAAAAGGUCUUGGAGCGCAAAAAGUGAGCAGCCAGAGUUUCACUGAAAUUGAACGGCAAGCACAAGUGGCUGAAAAACUGAGGGAGCAGCAGGCUGCAGAGUGCAGGAAGCAAGCAGAGGAAUCCAUAGUGGCCUCAAUGAGACUGGCCUACCAGGAGCUGCAGAUUGAUCGGAAAAAAGAGGAGAAGAAACUUCAAAACCUGGAAGGGAAGAAGCGUGAACAGGCAGAGAGACUUGGCAUGGGCUUGGUGUCCAGAAGUUCCAUCUCUCACUCUGUCCUUUCUGAGAUGCAAGUGAUAGAACAAGAAACACCAGUGACGGCGAAGUCCCCUCGGUCCCAGCUAGAUCUCUUUGAAGAUACUGGAAGCUUCACAUCUGGACCACCCAAGUACAAAGAUAAUCCUUUUUCAUUAGGGGAUGCCUUUGGCUCACAGUGGGAAACAGACAACUCCUCCUGGGGGCUUGAGAAAGGGGAAGAAGAGGCAGACAUUGCUAUCUCCAGCAUCCGGCCCAUUGGUGACAGACCCACUAAUAGAAGAGAGACAGAGAGCAAAAUAUCAGUAGUGGAGUCCAAUGAAGCUCGGCAGAAGUUUGCAGGGGCCAAAGCCAUCUCAUCUGACAUGUUCUUUGGACGGGAAGCUGAUGCUGAGUAUGAAGCCAGAUCCCGACUCCAGCAACUUUCAGGCAGCAAUGCCAUCAGUUCUGCUGAUCUUUUUGGAGAAUCUGACACAGUGAACUCAGGUGGUGUAUCAAUUGGAAAUGUACUGCCUGCUGCUGAUAUUGCCCAGUUCAAGCAAGGGGUGAAGUCUGUUGCUGGCAAGAUGGCUGUUCUGGCCAAUGGUGUGAUGAACUCUCUCCAGGAUCGCUAUGGUUCAUAUUGACGAUUCAGGGGAUGUGCAUCUCAUAGCUGCUGGUGAAACGCCACUUGCACCUUGAGCCCACCUCUAAAAACUCAACAGGAUUACUUUACAGC